UAGCAAGAAAUUAGCACCGAGAUUUUUAGUAAUAACGUUAAAUUAAAAUACUUAACCAAAAUGGAUUCAACAGUAUUAUUUUGUUUUAUUGUUGCCAUUGCUUCGACAUUCUGUAUUCAAGCUACGAUAGCCACGUCAGAUAAUAGUGAAUUGCUAGAUCCAGUAGCUCCUGCUCGCGGUGGACGUCAACGCCGUAAUUGUGCAUGGCUAGGGACCUUUAACCAUGCAGCUUGUGCUGGUUUUUGUGUGUAUAUGGGUGGAGACCGUAUAGGAGGAAUCUGUCAAGAUGGUUAUUGCAUUUGUAGGUUUGAACCAAUUAUAGAACCACAAAAACCAAAAUUGCUUAAGAGAAGAGGAAAAAAGUAUUCUAAAGAAUAUUAAGAAAUACUCGACAUAAUUAAUCUUUAGGUAGUAGAAGAAGGUAGAAACAGAAUUUGAAUUCGAUGAAUAGUUUUAGUGGAGGUUUUGUUGUUAAGCAGAUUAAUGCUGCUUAAUUAAUGUAUAAAUCUGUAAAAUUAUUUAAUGUAAUUUACAGAUAAAGUUAAUAGCUUUAUAGUAAUAUAAUAAAAUUUUAAG